CGCGUGUUUUCGAGGUUCUGUGAGACGCUCCCAGAGAAGCAGGUUGAGCUGAAGGGUUCUUCCAGGGGGCACCCCCAGGGGAACACAGAUGCCUGAGCCUGUCCUGGGCUUGGGCCUGACCUCAGCGACUCUUGCUGGGCCUCCGAGAGGUGCUGAGGUCCAGCAGGGCCAAAGGACUGUGGCUCUGGUCCUGUGAGAAGGGCUGAAGCAGCAGGCGCUGGAUGCGCAGGGGUUUCCUGAGGUGUGACGUGCACACCAUCGUAGUGCACAGCGUGCUUCGGCAAGGCCACGGGAGGCACCGCCGCUGCAGUUGGAAUGGGGACGUCAGGCAGGCCCGUCCCCGGCGGAAGCCCUGAGCCCAGCCAGCCCACCGGCUUGGGGCCCAGUCCUGCAUAUGGGUAUUGGAUUUCUUACUCGAGAAUUCCGCCUGGGGGGUCAUCUCUGCGGUCCCCCGUCUGGGUGGUGGAGGAGCUCUGCCCCAUUCGUGGUCUAUGUGGUCUGUCUGCAGCUGUGUGGUCCUGGUCCCCGGUGGGUAGCACGAUGCCCAACACACGACGGCCCCCUGGGCCCGCGGUGAGGCAGUUUCCCCAGAGGGUUUGGGGUGGGCCCGGAGGAGGGGGCGUCCUCCAUCCGCUUCCCUUUGUCCUGCAGGACCCAAAUCCCUUCCCACAGGCUCUGAGGCACAAGGCGCCCCUAGCCACCAGGACCCCGCGGUGCACAUGGGCACUCAGCACGCCGGGCCCAGUGCUCCGUGCACCCAGCCACCCUGACCUCCCAUCUCGGCCUCUGCAUUUCCAGCAGGGUGUGCCCGAGGACCUGCUCUUCUUCUACAACCACCUCAGGAAGGGCGGCGGGGUCAUACGAGUGGACCAGAGCCUCCUCCUCUACCGCUACCACCCGCACGCGGCCACACACGCCGUCCUCGAGACCACCAUGUGGACACACCGCGUCCGCUUCCUGGAGGAGCGGGUCCUGCCACACUGGGCAGCCUUCACCAUCUGGAAUGCUGGCAGGCAGGGCCGCUGGCUCUACCGCAGCCUGACAGACAGAGCACGGCACAAGGUGGUGGCCUUUUGCGACGUGGACGAGAAGAAGAUCAGGAAGGGCUUCUACUGCUACGAGGGCUCUCAGGAAAAGCCCAAGCCCCGGGUUCCGAUCCUGCACUUCCGAGCCGCACGGCCACCCUUCGUAAUCUGCGUGAAGCUGGGCUAUACUCCCACGAGGCCCACUCUCCGACGUUCGGGGACAUGGACGCCCUCGGCUGCUGAGGUGUCCGGAUUCUGUGCCGGCCCCCAGGUGCAGCUUAGGGGAAGUCGCCCGCGUCGGGAAAGGGUGUGUGAACAGGCAGACCCCGAGGACGGCGUCUGCAAAGACAUUCACUCAGAGCCCCACGCGGCCUGGGCUGUUCUGAGACCCGGCCCCGCAGAAGCCGGGGUGGUGGCUGUGUGUGCGGGCUGCUGGCUGGCGGUGAUGCAGGCCUGGCUGGCAAAGCUAACUCGGAAGGGCCUCAGGGACUCUGGCUGCCGCUGACGCUGCGUGCAGUCCGUGUGCUGACUUGUUCCCGCCCCUCCUGGGCGCUGCCCCUGAAGAGCCGCCAAGUGCUGUCUGGGCACCGCACGUCCUCACCAACACCUGCUGUCCCUGUGCGUCCACCUCGCCAUUCUGGCGGGUGUGCAGCGGCCUCUCCUGUGGUCUCAAUGCAUCCGCCCGUGGGCUUGUCGGCAUCUGAGUGUCUUUGGAGAAAUGUCUGCUUGAGUGUAGUGCCUUUCUCGAUCGGGUUGUUUGCCUUUCGGUUGAGCCGUGGGAGUUCCGUCUAUGUCCUCGAUGCAGGACCCCGACGCGUGUGCAGACAUUUCUCCCCACCUGUGGGUGGUCUUCCUCCUCCCCGAUGACAUCCUUUGAUGUACAAACUGUUUCUGAUGAAGUUCAGUUUCCCUGUUUUCCAUCUGUUUGCAUGUGUCUUGGCGUCAUGGCUCAGAAGCUCCUGGGAAAUUUAGGGUUGUUUCUAAGAGGUCGCAGCACCAGCCCCGCCAUGUGGGGCUUCAACCCACCCUGUGCCGACCGGCGUGUACGGUGUGGGGCAGGGCCGUCCGUAGCUCCAGGCCCGGCUCAGCACCCUGGGUUUCAUUCUCGGCCGGUUUGUCAGCUCGAACCUGGAUUAUUUAACUGGCGCUACAUGAUGGGUUACCACAGACGUGACCUAAAGGAGACGUGGUGCCAGCCGGGACAGGAUCCUAUCCUGAGGCUCGACCGGGGCACGUGUGCUUCAGGCUCUCGUCGGCAGAGCUCAGUCCUCAGGUGCUGGACCAAGGGCCUCAGCUCUUUGCUGGCUGUUCCCUGCCAGGUGACCCCCCACCCCCAACCUGGCAGCUUUUUCUGUCAAAGCCAGUGAGGGUCAAGGGUCUGCUAGCAGGACAGGUGUCACAAUAAUGUAUCACCAGGUCACGGAGGUGACAGCCCAGCCUUGGCCAUGUCUGAUGCCCAUCCUCUCUGCACCCCGGCUGUGAGUGCCGCGAGGUGGGGCCACGGAGACCAGACCCACCUGCUACUUCUGGCCUGCCUGGCUUUGGGUUUUCUCGUUUGAAAGCAGUUCCCAAAAGAAGCUUCUUUAAGGCCCAGAUGACCGAACUUCCAAGCUGCCAGGGAAAGUUGGUAAAUAAGAGCCUGCAGGAAGCAGGUGUGAAAGGAAAUUUGAGUUCCACAGAUUUUGAGGAGCAGACUGGCUGUGAAGGGUCUACUUCCCAGGGAGCCUCACCCACUCGUGGCCCCGGCAGGUCCAGAGGCACCUUGGUCUCCUGUUUCUUGCGUGUUCUCCCAGAGACACCACAAAUAAGAUGUGCAUGUGGCUUUUUAAAAUAAAUGGUAGCAUUUCAUACCCACUUUUCUCUAUUUUGCUUUUUCAUAUGAUGAUGUAUCUUGGAGAUCAUUGCAGGGAAACCUACUGGCACCAUCUCUGUCAUCAUCUCUUUAUUAAUGGAACUUUCCAGCACGGUUUGCCAGAGGAACAGCACCCAGGGCCCCACCCUGUGUUGUGAGGGAAAUUCCAGUGCCAUUUCAUUCAUUAAUUACUGUUUCCCAAAAAGAUAAAAGCCUAAGAAAAACACCAGUCACCCCAAAAGUCCCAGAUACCCAUCAGGGCCAAAGGCUCCCCAGUGCCUUCGACAGAUACGUUUUAUCCUCUGAUAGUGUGCUGCUGGUCAGACCUGGGGCCAGCAUGUGGCCGCACCCAACACGACCUUUACGCCUCCUGCACGCUGUGCUUUAAUGCAUCUGACCUCCGCUCCGUGGGUCGUGCUGGUGGCUCCCCACCCGCUUCCUCUGUGGUGGGAGCAGUUCCAUACGGAGACGCUUUGGGGGUCCCAGCACCUCGCUCUGAAAGCUGGAUUACAGGGACGUUUCAUACGGUCAUCACCCCAUCACUUGUGGACAGGCCUCUGGGCCAACCUCAUCGUUUACUGUUAAAAACAACACACGUGACUUGGCUGUGUGCAGGGAGAGCUCCAAGUGCCCGUGGUCAGAGAACAGCCCUCCCAGUCGGGAUCCCACCAGGCGCCACCCCUGCCCUCCAGGGCAGCUCGUGCCCCCACCAAGCACCGUCCGCAGCAUGUGGCCCAACGGGCCACCUCUGCGAAGUGGUGGAAAGUCUGCACAUCGCCCUCCGGGGAGGAGCAUGUCUUCAGUCCUUUCCCCUUUGGUAAAUUACUCCCCAGCCCAUUUUCCUACUGAUCUGUCAGUACUUUUUAAACAUUCAGACUUUUUCCACCGGUGUCAUUUGAUUAAAUUCACAUUUAAAUAUCUGAUUUUUUUAUUUUAUGGCUUUUAGAGUUGUAUUCAUUCUAAGAUAGUAACUCCUCAUGAAAUUUUAAAACAUGUCCUCUAAGUUUACUUCCUAGACUAUUUUUUUUCUUCUACCUUUGAUACUAGAAUUUAUUCUGUGGGAAGACUGGCUAGGGAUGCACAUCUCCUUCCGGACACCAUUCCAGCACCGUGUGGCGAGCGCCCGCCUCUUCCCCAGCAAUGAGGCGCCGUCUCCUGGGGCCACUUCCGGGCUCCGGUCUUUCCCGUGGGUCUGUUUGUGCGCAGCUUUACGGUGUGCGUGUCCUUCAUUCUUUCCAAGACCUUUUCUCACGCUUUUCUUCUUUGGAUGAACUUUCCUAUUUUGAACUAUUGACACAUUCAGAAAAUGGCACAUUCAGAAAAUGGCCCAAACAUGGCCCACCAGCUGCUUUUAUAAAUAAAAUUUAUUGGGACAGAAGACAUAUGACCACAAAGCCACAGACACUCCCCGUCUAGCCCUGGAAGAGACACUCUGGACACGUCCUGGACAGGUGCUCACAGGACAGAGCCUCCCAUUGUGCCACUUCUCUGCCCUUCGUCGUGUGGGCAGGGAGGCCUCCCCAAGCUGAGUGGUCCACCUGCCUGCUCUGGCACCUUGUGGGGAAGGAACCGGACAUCUGUGCUUGUGGCCUCGCCCACACCACGCUGGUGUCCGGCAUUCAGCUGCAUGCAUGUCAGGCUGGCACUCGGCCAUGGAGAUGUCCCGCCUUGCCUGCCUGGUUCUCUGGGGUUUAAUCCCGGGAGUGGAAGUGCAGGUCAUGGGGGGCCGUGUCUCCCCCUGGCCAGAGGACAUGCCGAGGGUGAAGUCCCAGGCCGCAGGGGCCCCGACUUGUCCUCGGCCGGGUCCUGCCUGCAGUCUUCGGAGUGCGUCUGACUCCCGGGGAGGCCCAGCACCCGUCUCCAGUGUCAGUUUCCUCUUCACGACGUUUCUCGCCUGGCAUCGCCAGCUUGUCCGUGGGACCAUGGCUGCUGGCCAAGGGAGGCAUCCUGGGUGCCUCUGGAGCCUGGUGCUGGCCUUUCCACUCUAGUGGGCACCAUGUUUCAGGAGUGUCUGACUUUGAGGAGGCGGCCCCUUCCUGUCAGGCACAGACCUGCCGCCCCACGGGCCCCUCAGCAGGCCCUGGUUUCUGGGCCCCCCUCGGGGCCGGGCUGCGUCUGAGUCCAGUCAUCGUGCCCUUGGAAACUAGGGAGCAGAGAUACUGGGAAGAGAAAAGGGUCAGAAUGGACAGCAUGCGGAGGGCAGAUGCGGCAUUUCAGGUGUUUCCCGAGUGGAAUGUUUUCUGUGUACUUCUAGCAGGGCCCAGUAGUAACGGCCCAGGCCAAGGCUGUGUGUGGCCGGGCUGAUCCUCCGUGCUGGCCACAGGGGCCAGAGGACAGCCAGCAGGAACAUGGCCUCUGAGAGCCCCGGCCUCACCUGCAGCUCCUGGCAUGCUGGGCAUGUUUUCCGGAGUGAGUUACUGAGGCACUGGAGUGAGAGUCCCAGACACCUGCUGUGGCCCCUUAUGUGACAUGGGUGGGGCCUGAGCCCCCCUGCAGGGGCCUGGCUCCUGCGUGGCUGCAGGCCUCUCCCCACUGCAGGGAAGGGUGGGAGAAAGGCAGGAGGGGACUUGCUGUUGGGUGGGUUCCUGGCCCUGCAGAGGAGGUGGGUGGGGGGCCAUCAGAGAGGCCCCAUCGGUUGAGGGAAGCCAGGUCUCUCCGUGGCUUUCUUUCCAAGUCCCCCUGGUCGGGGUCAGCUGCAAGGAGGGGCUGAGGCUAGGCUGGGUGGGGGCUGGUGGCAGAGCGUGGUGGCCCAGCACAGGCAGUUUCCCUGCGUGGCCCUGUCUCCUCUGGCCUCUUCCCAGCAGAGAAGUUCAUAGUGGACGACCUGUCAGGUGGCCACAGAUGACUUCAAGCCUGUUGGGAUCUAUGGUGGCCCCAAUGUGGGCCAGGGGAGGCCUGGAUUAAGCUGGACCUGCUGCUCACACCCGCCCUCAA